CGCGCAACCAAAUGACAUCACUUUAUUUUUGUUUCCAUUUUGUUGACGUUCCCACCUUCGAUCCCCACUCACAACGCACGUGCUUACGAGUCGCGGGUUCCUGCUUGAUUCGCGCGCUUGCACGGGAUCCUGGAUAGUCAAUUACUUCAGAAGGAUUUUCUGGACGGUCUGGCGUGUAUUUUCUGACUAAGCCUGCUAUAUUAAAGCUUUAUGGACUUGGACCAACAACCAAGUAGUUUGGUUCACCUUUCGGCCUGCGAGGUUUUCCCGAAAAUAGCUCUUCAUCGCGAUGAUGAAAGCCUUCAAGUGAAUUUCCCUGAGUUGAAUGGAGAAUGCGUAGAGUUUCUCACAGCAACCGCAGAUGCCACCCUGGCGCUCUCAAACUUCAGGCUCUUUAUCACCUUCAAGUGUUCCUUCCUCAAUAUCCCCCUGAUGCUGAUAGAAUCUGUUGAGUUACGAGACUUGUUUAUUUUACAAGUCAAUUGCAAAGAUGCUAGGUCAUUCAGGAUUGUAUUUGACAGUAAUGACCAAAGUGUGGACUGGCUGCACAAGGUUUCGGCCAAGAUUCUGCCAUAUAGUCGGAUAGAAGAUUUGUUUGCCUUUGCGCACUAUGCCUGGAGUAUGGCGUCUCCCAAUAGUUUCACUUCCCAAGAUGCCUCUGCUAUGCCAUACUCUUUCCUUGAAGAAGUUCAUCGCAUGGGGUUUGAGACAGGUGUUGACUCUCCAUGGAGGAUAUCUGAUGCAAACUCGAGUUUUGAAGUCUGUCGCACAUACCCUAGGCUACAUGUUAUUCCUUCCAGUAUCUCUGAUAGUGAUCUGGCCAAAGUAGCAUCAUUCAGGUGUUCAGGCCGAUUUCCUUCCAUAGUGUGGAGGCACAUGACAAAUGGUGCAGUUAUUGCCCGUUGCAGCCAGCCGCAGGUAGGCUGGCUUGGUUGGAGAAGCGCUGAGGAUGAGCUGCUCUUACAGGCGAUAGGACAAGCUUGCACGUCAGAUCGCUACCCUUCAGUGGCUAAACUUCUCAAUGGCAUUACUGUGAAUGGCAUUAACAAAAAGCAUGACAUGGGUGAUGUUCUGAAUGGCCCUGCGGAUAUGUCAGAAGAUGGUCCUAUUGCAAGAAACCCCAAGCAGGUCCUGAUUGUAGAUGCACGGUCAUAUACUGCUGCCUAUGCCAACCGUGGCAAAGGAGGCGGAUUUGAGUAUACAGAGUACUACCCAAACUGUGAGGUGAUGUUCAUGAACUUGGCAAACAUCCAUGGCAUCAGGAGAAGUUUCCAUAGUCUGAGAGCCCUCUGCUCUGGCUCUUAUGAUGUCCCAAAUUGGUGGUCACUUAUAGAGAAAACAAACUGGCUUCACCACAUCUCCAUGCUGAUAAAGUCUGCCGUGACGAUCGUGCAUGCCGUGCACACUGAUGGGAGGCCUGUGGUGGUCCACUGUAGUGAUGGCUGGGACAGGACCACUCAAAUAGUGGCCCUUGCUGAGCUACUUUUGGAUCCUUUCUACCGGACUAUAGAGGGUUUCAAGAUUCUGAUAGAUCGGGAAUGGCUUCAAUUUGGGCACCGAUUUGCAGAUAGGUGUGGGCAUGGCUCAGACAUAGAUGAAAAUGAGCGCUGCCCGGUGUUUCUCCAGUGGCUGGACUGUGUACACCAACUGCAGAAACAAUUCCCUUCCUCCUUUGAAUUCAAUGAGACUUAUCUGAUCAAACUUCUGCAUCACACCUAUUCGUGUUUGUUUGGCACGUUCCUUGGCAACAAUGAGCAUGGGCGACACACGGAUGCCAUCAAGGCACGCACCUUGUCUGUGUGGUCCUACAUCUUACCCAGGAAGAAGGACUUUCGCAACUUGCUCUAUGCAGGAGGAGGGGACCAGGUUCUGCAACCAUCUUACCAUCUUCGCAGCCUUCAGCUUUGGUCAGCAGUUUACCUCGCCUACCCGACAGACUUUGCAGGUCACGUGUCAUCUGAUCACUCUGAGCCAGCCAACAAAAACCCCUCAUCCCCAACCCCUCCGCGUUUUCCCUUUAAUCACAGCGAUACCAAUCUAGAAAUGAAGGCCGGUGUGUCUGAUGAGCUUCCUGCGUCCAAGUCGGAUGGGGACCUGGCCGCCUGCCUGCGUAAUGACCCUUGCAAAAAUUCCUUAGAUGAUAAUGAGGAUAAUCUAACAAAAUCCACAGGGAACGGGGUCUCCGUAGGCUCCAAAAAUGGCGUCUGUUGUCGUUGUCGUUCUGUGGAUGGUAUGAACUGCGUGCAUUCUGGUCUCGUGAAUGGUCACGUGACGGACUCACAAAGCGACCAGAGCAUGUACUACAGCAUGGCCGGGUCUUGCACUCCCGAGGAGGGAGGUGACGGGGAGUUCAGCGACAGCAUGUCUAGUAGUACAGCCACUGUCGUUUUGGAGCGCAGUCAAACGGGUAGUGAGCUAGAAUCCAGGGAGUGUGACUCCGCUCCGGAAAAUAACGUCAAGGAUAAUGUUAACGUUGACAAAAACUCUAAGAACCUUUUAAAAAAGUCUGAUUCAAGUUAUAGUUGUGAGACAAGUAAAGCCGAGUGUAAAAGGCUUGAGGCUUCAUCUUACGAGGACUUGUCGCCGCAUUCAGGCGAGGAGAGUGAAACUCAAACGACGGAUCAUAAAGAAAAUGAUAAAGACAUUGAAUCAGAUGAGGGCCCUAGUGCCACUCUACCUGGACUUCCUAGAAAUUCACAGCCUUUGGUGGCCGAGGAUGAUUCCAGCAAAGAGGUAUCGUCCAGGACAGAGACCAGUACUCAGACAUUAGGUAGCGCAAGUAGCACAACGGCCGCGACACAGACUUGUGAGACCACGACUACCCUGGCCCGUUCGCAUCCCGUCUAUGCACGCUUCCUUGACAGCGACGGGCUGACGGCGGUACCAGACCCUAUCCAGGACAGGCUGCGCCAGAUCGAGAUGAUGUAUCAGGCCCAGAUCGAGGCGCUGCAUUGCCAGGUAGUGGAAGAGAGGCGCCGGAGGGUGCAAGGGUGUGGCGAUGCCGGUUUACAGGGACGCCAUGGUGACCUAGCAGAUGAGGUGUGCUCGCUGCCGGACUCAACGCAAAGCGGGGACCAACCCCCACCGUCGUGUGGCAGCAGUGCCGACGAGACGAGCUGGAUUCAGAUUGACGAAGGCGACGCGGAGCCGACCCGAUGGGUUCCCGACCACGCUGCGACUAACUGUGCCAAUUGUCACACGGGCUUCUGGAUCGCGAACAGAAAACACCACUGCAGGAACUGUGGCCAAGUAUUCUGUAGCACGUGUUCAGACCACAAGUUACCAGUCCCCGAGGAGCAGCUUUACGAUCCCGUCCGUGUGUGUAUCCACUGCUUUGGCAAGCUGGUUUCCAUGGAAACACGCGAAAACGGUGGACGAAGGCGCGGUCACGAGGUCAACUCGGUCCCAGGCUAGCUUUUAGCACAGUAAUUCUCUAAAGCAUAGUAUAUGUGAUUUUCUUCUGCGAUGCCUUAUAAAUAUUAGGUCUUAUAUAAAAUAUUACGAUAGAUACGAUUUCUAUUAAAUGUUUAUUAUUAUAUUGUAUUUAUGUUUACAAGUAUGACUUGUAAUAAUGAUUGUUAACCGAAGAGUUCAACGCCUCUCUUGUACAAUACUUUAGCUGUGAUUUUUAUAGGUUAUAGAAAAUUGCAACAAUGAAUCCCAAAACUUUACAUAAAAGAUUCGAGAAACAUUGAAAAAAAAUCGACUUUUAGGUGAAUUUCGGAGUAUUUUUAGAGCGUUAAGUAUGUUGUCUUGGGUUGUCUGUGUGUCAGCCUAGCUCUCCCGAGGUUAUCUGUUAUAUGGACGGUGAAUAUGAUGGUUAAUAAAAGACGGUUAAUAAUA